ACAUUAUAGGUAAUUUGACAUUUACUUAUUAGUUAUAUUAAACUGUAGAUAUUUUGAGCAAUGUAACAAGAUUUCAAAAUAUAUUCAGAUUUUUAACGUGAAACAUGGCGUGAAUGUUUCCAAAUCAAAAUUUGUUUAAAUCAGUGAAAAACAAAGCCAGUAUUACAUAGAAGGGACAUAGAAAGACGAACAUAAAAUAUAACAACAUAAACCAAAGUACAAAUCCAAGUAAAAGGACAGAUAUCUAGCUGAGAAAAUGUCACUCCAUAAAAAGAUAGGAACAGAGGACUCAGAUAAUCACAAACAUAUUUCUCUUUACAGGCAGUCAAAUCUGCUUACAUCAUUUAUGUUUAUAUUAAUAGUUAUAUUACUGUAUACCAUAGUAGCCAUACAGUAUAUACCAAUGAGAACAUCAUAUCUGCUGCAGCCCUAUAUGCAACUGAACCACAGAAAAUUCAUAGGAUUCAACAAUAGUCAGAUUACAAAUACUCCCAAUGGCCCUGGACAGUUUAAUGAAUACACUCACGAUGAAAAACAAACAUAUACUGAUAUUGCUAAAGAUAUGGAUCAAUCCCUUGGAGAUAUGGAAAGUGAGGCAAGAGAGAGUGUCACAAUAUCUGAUCUCACAAAGGAUAAUACAACCAUUGAGGAAACUACUGAAAAUGUAUGUCCAAAGCCAAGUGACUUUGGUGGAAAACUUGAAAACAUUAUUAUUAAACAAACUGACAUGAAACAAAAUCAGCUUUUUGAUCAUGUUUGUGAGGCUAGUUAUGAGACAUUGGUUUAUGACCAAGCUGAACAUAUGUACAAGAACUACAAGAACGAUAGACUUAAACACAAUGAAGAUACACUUACACAAUACGACCAAUACAGCUAUAAAAUAAAUUGGGCAAUCUAUGAAAGCUCUCAUAUCAUAAUGACAAUGGUGGAGAGGUUCAAAGAGAUUAAAACAAAUGGUGGAAGCAGCUUUAGGAUAGUAGUACAUGGAUACCACAAAUACCUUUGCAACAUCCUGGAUAGUUUCAAUGGAGUCUAUACCAUAUGUUGCCCUUAUGUUCCACCAUGUUCAACAAUUGAGAUCACACAGAUGUUUACCAACUUUGGUGCAUUCAUAGAAAAAGAAACUUUAUACCCAAGUGUGAGGAACAUCGCUAAUAUCACCACUUGUGAUCAAGAACACGAAACAAGAGAGGCAACUGCUAAUGAUAUGACAGAAUUUAAUGAACAAAUGAGUUAUCAAGUUGUUUGUAAUAGGGAGCCAACUUUUAUGUCAAGGUAUGGGCGCUGGAUUCAAGUUAAUGACACUUACCAUUGGGGGUUGAGUAGCGAUUGUUUAAUGGAGUAUAUGACAACAAAAGAACUGCAGGAAUGUUUCCUAGACAACAUACAAAUGUUGUCCUGUUUCGGCCAAUCACAUUUACGAUACACAAUCACAUAUUUAAGUUCAUUAUUGAACGGGACAUUCCCGAAGUCAAAAUAUGAAAAUUGGGGAUACGAUAAUAUGUUUUUUCAAUGGAGCCCUCAAUCUCGGGCUACCGCAUGUUCUUUAAGGGAGAUGAGUAGCUAUUCAAAACGUUUCAAAUCUUCCAAUUCUUGUAUCGUUAUAGAAACAGGUCCCUGGGACCUUAAAUAUGAUACGUUAACGUCCUAUUGGUCAGUCAUUAGACACUUGAUGAUACCAACAAUCAGUUUAAUACGAGAAAGUAAAUACUGGAGAAACAUCACAUUUGUAUGGCUAAGCAAUAUAGCCCUACCUCAUAGCUAUGAAUAUUUCAUUGAUGAGUACCAUCGCAGAAGUGACUUCCGGUCUGCUGCAGUCAAUGGUUUAAUAUAUGAGCUCACACAGGAUCUCAAUGUACAUGUGAUAAACCACCUGAUGACUACUAGUCCAAGGUCUAACACAGAUAACGUGUGUGGCCAUCAUUUCAUAUGUCACAAGGACUUUAAUAAGCCAAAUGAGACUAUUGGGGAAGUUGGUAAAGCAAUUGCCCACUUGCUGUUCCAUCAAAUCUGUCGCAAAUGGUGAUAUCUGACAUCUAGGUCAUAUCAAAGAUAUUUGAUGAUUUCAACCAAACAGAAAAGUAUACCAGAAUAGAGAACAAGGAUUAAAAUGCAAACAAUUUCAUUCAACUUUCUUGCCUUUUCAAAUCUACAACACUCGAUUCAGUACACUGUCAUACCACUUACAAAAGGGUCCAUAUAUUCAAUGUAAAUCUCUUCCAUAAAUCCAUGCUGUUUUAUAUACAUUAAAGAAACUUACAUCUUGGGGUAGAAACGGUUAUUUGAUGUAUAAUUAAUCAUGUUACAUGUAUUGAAUUUUCUUAAUGUACAUUUGAUUUUU